UCUCCAUCUUGUCGCUUUCCCCAAAAAAUCUCUCUGCUUGUACCGAAGACCAUACCCCCAUCAGAAUCAAUCAAACAGCUUUACAUCUCCUGAUUCACUUGUUUCGUCCCAUAUCAACCAAUGAGUGGCCAUCGAAGCUACCUACAGCAUGUGGAAGCUCCGUAAGAACAGAUAACGAAUUCGAGAAGUCAAGAGAGUGAGAUUGCAAAUAUCACUACUAAGUCUCUCUAUCUCCCGGAAGGUUUGAUCUAGACAGGUUGUGUUCUGUUUUUGCUUGUUUGGAAGGGAGAAAAUGGCUACUUCGCGAUUCUGCGCGACGUCGAGUGGAGCAGAGACGUUUCUGCAUUCUAGUUCCUUUUCGAGAUUGAUCGAUUGCGGUUACAGGAGUAGCAAAUCUAGGUUGCUGUUCGUGAGGACCGCAAGGUUGCCGCCAUUGAGGAGGACAUUUCUGGUGAAGUGUGUCUCGAGUGAGCCGAAGCAGAAGCUGAAGGAUUCGGUAACUGAACAAGGAGAAGCUCCUAGCAAUCUGAGCCCUUUUGCACCAGAUGCCACAUCCAUAGCCUCCAGUAUCAAAUACCAUUCAGAGUUCACCCCAUUGUUUUCCCCAGAGAAAUUUGAACUGCCAAAGGCUUUCUUUGCGACUGCACAAAGUGUUCGUGAUACUCUCAUCAUUAACUGGAAUGCUACAUAUGAUUUCUAUGAUAAAUUGAAUAUGAAGCAGGCAUACUAUUUGUCCAUGGAGUUUUUACAGGGUAGGGCCCUGUUGAAUGCAGUUGGAAAUUUAGGGCUCACUGGUGCUUAUGCUGAGGCUUUGAAAAAGCUAGGACAUAAUUUAGAAGCCAUAGCUUGCCAGGAGCCUGAUGCUGCUCUUGGAAAUGGUGGUCUUGGCCGACUUGCCUCUUGUUUCUUGGAUUCUUUGGCGACCUUAAAUUAUCCAGCAUGGGGUUAUGGACUUAGAUACAGAUAUGGCUUAUUCAAACAGCGAAUAACUAAAGAAGGGCAGGAGGAAGUUGCAGAAGAUUGGCUUGAGAUGAGCAACCCAUGGGAAAUAGUGAGAAAUAAUGUCUCAUACCCUGUAAAGUUUUAUGGUAAGGUUGUUUCAGGAUCAGAUGGUAAAAGACACUGGAUUGGAGGAGAAGAUAUACAGGCUGUUGCCUAUGAUGUUCCAAUACCGGGAUAUAAUACUAAAACUACUAUCAACCUGCGACUUUGGUCAACUAAGGCAACUUCAGAAGAUUUUGAUUUAAAGGAUUUUAAUGCUGGAGAGCACACAAAGUCUGCAGGGGCCUUAUUUAAUGCUGAAAAGAUCUGCUAUGUACUCUACCCUGGGGAUGAGUCACUUGAGGGCAAGGUCCUGCGUUUGAAGCAACAAUACACCUUAUGCUCAGCUUCUCUCCAAGAUAUCAUUGCACGUUUUGAAAGAAGAUCUGGAGCUAAUAUUAGAUGGGAAGAAUUCCCUGAGAAGGUUGCAGUGCAAAUGAAUGAUACUCACCCUACUCUCUGCAUCCCCGAGCUUAUGAGAAUUUUGAUAGAUGUAAAGGGCUUAAGUUGGAAAGAUGCCUGGAAUAUCACUCAGAGAACUGUGGCAUACACAAACCAUACUGUUCUGCCAGAGGCAUUGGAGAAAUGGAGUUUAGAACUAAUGCAGAAACUGCUACCACGACACAUGGAGAUCAUAGAAAUGAUUGAUGAAGAGUUUAUUCAAACCAUUGUUUCUGAGUAUGGCAUAGCGGAUUCUGACUUGCUGGAGAAAAAGCUAAAGGAGAUGAGAAUCUUAGAAAAUGUUGAUUUGCCUGCCGCCUUUGCAGAUUUGAUUGUAAAACCUAAAGAAAGUACUGUUGCUGUCCCCAAUGAGGAGCCUGAUAAUUCUGAAGAAUCAAAAGAGGAGGUCAAUCUAGUGAGUGAAGAAAACAAACUUGAAAAUGGAGGCACUCAGGAAGAGGAGCAGGAACCAGAAACCAAACCGGAACCGGAACCAAUUCCAGUACCAGAACCACCAAAAUUGGUCCGAAUGGCUAACCUGUGUGUUGUAGGUGGUCAUGCUGUAAAUGGAGUUGCCGAGAUACAUAGUGAGAUAGUAAAGAAUGAAGUAUUUAAUGAAUUCUUUCAGUUGUGGCCCAAGAAGUUUCAGAAUAAGACAAACGGUGUCACGCCAAGGAGAUGGAUCCGUUUUUGCAAUCCAGAUUUAAGUAAAAUUAUAACUGAUUGGAUAGGAACAGAAGAUUGGGUCUUAAACACUGAAAUGCUGUCUGAACUUAAAAAGUAUGCAGACAACAAGGAUCUCCAGAACCAGUGGAGAGCGGCAAAAAGGAGCAACAAAAUGAAGGUCGCAUCAUUUCUGAAAAAAAAAACAGGGUAUUCUGUGAGCCCUGAUGCAAUGUUCGACAUCCAGGUGAAGCGCAUCCAUGAAUACAAGCGACAACUUCUGAAUAUCUUGGGAAUUGUUUACCGCUACAAAGUGAUGAAAGAAAUGACUGCUGAGGAAAGGAAAGAAAAGUUUGUUCCGCGUGUUUGUAUAUUUGGGGGAAAAGCAUUUGCUACCUACGUGCAAGCAAAGAGAAUUGUCAAAUUCAUUACAGAUGUUGGGGCUACAGUUAAUCAUGAUCCUGAAAUAGGUGAUUUACUUAAGGUUGUUUUUGUCCCUGAUUAUAAUGUCAGUGUUGCUGAAUUGCUUAUACCAGCAAGUGAACUCUCACAGCAUAUCAGUACUGCUGGAAUGGAGGCCAGCGGAACCAGCAACAUGAAGUUUGCAAUGAAUGGUUGCAUAUUAAUAGGGACUUUGGAUGGUGCCAAUGUUGAAAUACGUGAAGAGGUUGGAGAAGAGAACUUCUUCCUCUUUGGUGCUAAAGCUAACGAGAUUGCAGGGCUCAGGAAAGAAAGAGCUGAGGGAAAGUUUGUUCCGGAUCCUUGUUUUGAAGAAGUAAAGGAAUUUGUCAGAAGUGGUGUAUUUGGCCCAUAUGACUAUAAUGAACUGAUCGGCUCAUUGGAAGGAAAUGAAGGUUUUGGGCGUGCAGAUUAUUUCCUCGUUGGCAAGGAUUUCCCAAGUUAUAUAGAAUGCCAAGAGAAGGUUGAUGAGGCAUAUCGGGAUCAAGAGAAAUGGACAAGAAUGUCAAUCUUGAAUACAGCGGGUUCACCGAAGUUCAGCAGUGACAGAACCAUUCAUGAAUAUGCUAGGGACAUAUGGAAAAUUAAACCUGUUGAAUUGCCAUGAUAGUGGAGAUCUCCCACCGAGGCCUUUUGUGCUGCAGCCACCAUGUUUUCCAUCAUAUGUUUAAUAAAAUAAUAAAAAAAAAAAAUACAAUUUCAAAUGGGAUAAAUGUAG